CACGAGCAGUUAGAAGAAGAAGAAGAAGUCUCUUCAGAUGAUGGACAAAAUGAUGAUCAAGAAGAAGUGCUUACUGAGACACUUGCACAAGCACAAAAGCGUUUGAAACUUCAAAUGAAAGAGAAGGAUAAGGAGAUAUCAGAGCUGAAUAACAAAAUGACAGAAAUGAUGGCGCAGAUGACUGCAAUGAUGCAGUUAAUGCAAAAGAACAUCAUUACUACUCCUGCCCUUGCUCAAGCAAUUGAUCAGCAAAUAACAAAUCAGCCAGUUAAUCAGCAUGUAUCGAGUAGUAUUCCUACUAAUAUGCCAACCGAUCCAAUACCCCAGGUGUCCAGAAUACGAACCAUAAAUCAAGAAGAAAAUGAGGCUGAUCAACCUAUUAAUCUACAAACUCAUCAAAAUAUUGCAAGUGCAUCUGAGCCGAUGAUGACUCCACAGCUAGAAUCAAUCAUCAACGAAAAGAUUAAAGCUGUCAUUGCCUCAGAGCAUAUAGAGAAGUUUGUAAGCAAAGGUCGCCCGUAUCCGACUGAAUACGAUCAAGUGCCCUACCCUAAGGGUUAUUCAGUGCCCAAAUUCAAUACUUUCAAUGGUACUGGCAAUCCUAAACAACAUUUGGCCCAAUUUAAAGCAACAUGUGGAAAUGCUGGGGGCGCGGAUGCUUUACUCUUCCGCCAAUUUAUUAGCAAUUUGACUGCGACUGCUUUUGAAUGGUAUACCAAGCUCCCUAAUGAUUCUGUCAAGACAUUUGCAGAACUAGAAAAUAUGUUCGUGAAAAAGUUCGCCAGUACUACCGAAAAGACUACUAUUGCUGAUCUUGCCUUAGAGAAACGAGAAAAGGGUGAAUCGGUGACAAAAUACAUCACCCGCUGGCGCAACAUAAGUAUGAAAUGCGAACAACAGUUGGAAGAG